AUGAGCCCUCGCAUCAACGAUCGUAUGCGCAAGAAGGCCGCAGUCCUCCCUCUCGCCAGCCUCGUCGGGGGAAACAUCUCUGACGAUUCGAAGACGAAGAAGGUGGAGGUCCACAGAUCCAACGCCGGCUGCCCCAGCGGAGAGGUGAAGCUCUUUGAUUUCCAGCCGGCCGGAGCAACACAAAGCUGCUGCCGGGAGGUGCCUCCGAAGUGCUUGCGGGAGGGCGAGAGGUGGGAACCCAUCAACAUGCCGGGGCAAUCCCGCACCGACACUGAAAACUGGCAAGAUUGCCAACGGAGAUGUCUCAAGGUGACCGGCUGCAGCCACUUCUCCUACUGGCAGGACGGAGGAUGCCACCUGCAGGACAGCAGCGCGACAAUGGUGGUUGCGCCAGCAUACGUCACAUCAGGGCCACCGACCUGCGAAAUGCAGGUGUGUGCUGGUUGCGCUUUUUCCUCGGGAAAUUCUUGUCAACGUUGUGCCGGUGGCUUCAUUUGGCGUGACGGCCAAUGCACAGCCUGCACCAGUUCCGGCGGUUGGCUUAGUGUGGACGGGAGAUCGUGCAUGCAGCUGGCGGCGAGCGAUUGCAGCGAUGAGAAAGUAAGGGGCCAGUCGAGCAACGAGGCUUGCUGCCAGUGCGGUGGUGGAGUCGUUACGCCGACGCCCUUCUCUUAUCCCAACAGCCGCUGGUCCCUGGACUCCAACAUCGUUAUGAAGCCCGAGCCACGCACGGCCUUGCGCUACACCGUGGACUCCAAGUGUGAGCUUGCGGCACACAACCUGACCAUGGACAGCUCCACAGGAGAGAUCAGCUACAUGUCUGGGCGGAGCAAGCCCGUGGAGGCCUUCUCCUUCGAGUGUGAGAUCACUGCCCACCAGGCGACAGGUGUGAGCCUGGCUUCCGUCGUCACGGUGGCCGCGGAUGUGCUGAGCUACAGCUCUGCCACUCUGCUUUUCCACGGCGACGGUCAAGAGGAGUUGCCACUGACAACCGGAAGCGGAUGGUCCAAGUUUGAGACUUGGCUCGCUGCCAGACAAACGGCCAUUGCUGCUGAAAAGAACCAGGCCUUUAAGAAUCAGCUUUACAGUGCUGUCGAGUUGAUUGAACUCGUCAGUUGGCUGAGCAUCGUUGCAUCCACCGGCACAUUGCGCCGCUUGGUUUCCGAGUUCAUUGUCUAG